AAGCGCUGAGUCUCAAUGGGGAGCUUGGGACGGCAGAGGUCACUUGUCAUCUUACCACAUCUCUUCUUCUUCUCCCUCGCAGGCUACGCCCAGGAGGAACAGCUGAAGGAAGAGGAGGAAAUAAAAGAAGAAGAGGAGGAAGAGGAGGACAGCCGUUCAGUAGCUCAGUUUCAGGGCAGCAAUGACCCGGGGACAGACGAGGAGCUAGAAACGGGCCCAGAGCAGAAGGGCUGCUUCAGCUACCAGAACUCUCCCGGGAGCCACUUGUCCAACCAGGAUGCGGAGAAUGAGUCUCUGCUGAGCGAUGCCAGCGAUCCGGUGUCGGACGCCAAGAGCGUCUGCGGUCGGGAUGCCUCGGACCAGAAAGCCGGCAUGCACCCCAAGCUGCCCAACGAAAGCCACAACUGCAUGGAUAAAAUGACCGCUGUCUAUGCCAACAUCCUGUCGGAUUCCUACUGGUCGGGCCUGGGCCUCGGCUUCAAGCUGUCCAGCGGCGAGCGGCGCAGUUGCGACACCCGCAAUGGCAGCAGCAAGACGGAUUUCGACUGGCACCAGGACGCGCUGUCCAAGAGCCUCCAGCAGAACUUGCCGUCCCGGUCGGUGGGGAAGCCCAGCCUGUUCAGCUCGGUGCAGCUGUACCGCCAGAGCAGCAAGAUGUGCGGGACGGUGUUCACCGGGGCCAGCCGGUUCCGCUGCCGACAGUGCAGCGCGGCCUACGACACCCUGGUCGAGCUCACCGUGCACAUGAACGAGACGGGCCACUACCAGGACGACAACCGCAAGAAGGACAAGCUGCGCCCCGCCAGCUACUCGAAGCCCCGGAAGCGGGCUUUCCAGGAUAUGGACAAGGAGGACGCGCAGAAGGUUCUCAAGUGCAUGUUUUGUGGCGACUCGUUCGAUUCCCUCCAAGACCUGAGCGUCCACAUGAUAAAAACAAAACAUUACCAAAAAGUGCCUUUGAAGGAGCCAGUCCCAACCAUUUCCUCGAAAAUGGUCACUCCGGCCAAGAAGCGCGUCUUCGACGUCAACCGGCCGUGUUCCCCCGAUUCGACCACGGGCUCGCUGGCGGACCCGUUCUCCUCCCAGAAGCCCACCGGCCUGCAGCUCUCCUCCAACAACCGCUACGGCUACCAGAACGGCGCCAGCUACACGUGGCAGUUCGAAGCCUGCAAGUCCCAGAUCCUCAAGUGCAUGGAGUGCGGGAGCUCGCACGACACCCUGCAGCAGCUCACCACCCACAUGAUGGUCACCGGCCACUUCCUCAAGGUCACCAGCUCGGCCUCCAAGAAGGGCAAGCAGCUGGUGUUGGACCCCCUGGCCGUGGAGAAGAUGCAGUCGCUGUCUGAUGCCCCGAGCAGUGACUCGCUCGCUCCCAAGCCUUCGGGUAACUCUGCUUCCGAGGGGGCAGCCCCAACCCCUGAGUUGAAGAAAGAGGGCAAGAAGGAAAAACCGGAGGAGAGCAAUAAGGAUGAGAAAGGCAUGAAACGGGAGGAGUACGACGAUCCCCUGCAAAAGCCUUUAGACCCCACGGUGAAAUAUCAGUACCUAAGGGAGGAGGACCUGGAGGACGGCUCCAAGGGCGGAGGGGACAUUCUGAAGUCACUGGAAAAUACCGUCACCACAGCCAUCAACAAGGCCCAGAACGGGGCUCCCAGCUGGAGCGCGUACCCCAGCAUCCACGCAGCCUACCAGCUGUCCGAGGGCGCCAAGCCUGCUCUGCCCCUGGGAUCCCAGGUCCUGCAGAUCCGGCCUAACCUCCCCAACAAGCUGAGGCCCAUUGCCCCCAAGUGGAAAGUGAUGCCGCUGGUCUCCGUGCCCGCCAACCUGGCCCCAUACACCCAAGUGAAGAAGGAGCCGGAUGACAAAGAGGAAGCCGCCAAGGAGGGCGGGAAAGAGAGCCCCCAGGAGGAGGCGUCGCCUUUCAGCCACAGCGAUGGGGACGCUUUCGCCAAAAGCGAAACCCCGUCGGAAUCCAAGAAGGCCGAGCCUUGCCUGCUGAAGGAGGAGGCCAGGCUGGGGGAGGAGGGCGGCGAGCCGGAGAAACGGCCGACCCUGGAGCCCGCGCCCUCUCUCAGCAACGGGUGCACGCUUUCCCCGCGGGCGCCGGCCCUGCCGUGCAUCAACCCGCUCAGCGCCCUGCAGUCCGUCCUCAACAACCACCUGGGCAAAGCCACGGAACCCCUGCGCUCCCCUUCCUGCUCCAGCCCGAGCUCAAGCACAAUUUCGAUGUUCCACAAGUCGGCUCUCAGCGUCAUGGACAAGCAGGGCCUGAGUCCCGCCCCCACGCGGCCGGCCAGCGUGUCCAGGCGCUACCUGUUCGAGAGCAACGAUCAGCCCAUCGACCUGACCAAGUCCAAGAGCAAGAAAGCCGAGUCCUCGCAAGCACAAUCCUGCACGUCCCCCCCUCAGAAGCAUGCUCUGUCUGACAUCGCCGACAUGGUCAAGGUCCUCCCCAAGGCCACCACGCCCAAGCCCGCCGCUUCUUCACGCGGGCCCCCCGUGAAGCUGGAAAUGGAUGUCCGGCGCUUCGAGGAUGUCUCCAGCGAGGUGUCGACGUUGCAUAAGAGGAAAGGCCGGCAGUCCAACUGGAACCCUCAGCAUCUCCUGAUUCUGCAGGCGCAGUUCGCCUCCAGCCUCUUCCAGACGUCGGAGGGCAAGUACCUGCUCUCCGACCUGGGCCCUCAGGAGCGCAUGCAGAUCUCCAAGUUCACGGGGCUCUCCAUGACCACCAUCAGCCACUGGCUGGCCAACGUCAAGUACCAGCUGAGGAAAACGGGCGGGACGAAGUUUCUGAAAAACAUGGACAAGGGACACCCUAUCUUUUAUUGCAGUGACUGUGCCUCCCAGUUCAGAACGCCUUCUACCUACAUCAGUCACUUAGAGUCGCACCUGGGUUUCCAAAUGAAGGACAUGACCCGCGUGGCCGUGGAGCAGCAAAGCAAGGCGGAACCAGAGAUCUCCCGCGUGUCGUCGGCUCAGAGGUCUCCGGAAACCAUAGCUGGCGAAGAGGAUACAGACUCUAAAUUCAAGUGUAAGUUGUGCUGUCGGACAUUUGUGAGCAAACACGCGGUAAAACUCCACCUAAGCAAAACGCACAGCAAGUCACCCGAGCACCAUUCACAGUUUGUAACGGACGUGGAUGAAGAGUAGCUCUGCAGGAUAAAUGCCUUAGUUUCAACUUUCCAGCCCGGAUCUCCCUCCCACUGAGUCCUGCUUCGCUGUGUCACCUGCUCCUGACAUUGAACUCCUCCUGACACCCUGCUCUGAGAAGACAGCCAAAAAAAAAAAAAAAAAGAGAGAGAGAGAGAGAGAAAAGAAAAAAAAAAAGGAAAAAGGAAAAAAAAUUGACCCCAGCCAUCUCUCUUCAUUCUUACUAACAAUUUGGUAAUGAAGUAUUGAUUUCCACUUCUCUGCUUAUGGACGAUAUUAGAUUUUCAUUGAUAAACUGCAAUGACGUGGUCUCGUCUCCAUGGUCCCCUUUUCACUGUCACGAGAAAACAAAGUGCCACUGAAGAAAAAUAAUGACCGAGAACAUUGAUGUACUUAUUCCGUGGGUCUGUAACACUUGACAGGAAAGGGCGGGGGAGUGUGAGUCUUCAUAGUCUAAGGGCCAAGCGAGUUGCCCUCGCUGCAGACCCUUGGAAGCCUACUUUUCAUGGUGAUGUCCAUUUCCUAUUUAUAACCCCUCUGGGAACGUUUGUCUAAAGGAAAUGUUUCUGUUCAGAGCAACAAUUACGGUUGCACCUGGAUUGCCCAGUCCUGCCCCUGCCCUGGGGAGCCAUGCAUCUCCGCAGAGUGGAAGAAUUAUGAAGUCAGACCAGAGCUGGAGCCAAGGAGACCUCUGAACAAGGUUCAUCUUCCGUGAAAGUUGUUCACGCAGUCGGGCUUAACCAUGUUACUGCCAAAGACUUUUUCCCAAGCGGUGGUGGGCAUCGUUUUAAUCAUUGUCUUUGUUGGUUACAAGGGGGGAGGGGGGAGAUGUUAAGUACAGAUACAAGACCUGCAAAUUGGCAGAACUGGGGAAACUGGUGCGAUGUGGGAUCUGGAGGAAAGCAAGGAGAUGAGAUGGCGACAGGAAUGGAGAGCUCAGCUGCCCUCUUGCCCCGUGAUCUCCUUCUGCAGAACCUGCUGUGUAUGGACCUGGAAACGCAGCUUAGCUUGAGCAGCAACAGAAAGCAUGAAAGAGGGUGUCCGUUUCAAAUGGGUUCCCGCAACUUUUUUCAUUAAAACUUUGAGGGCCCAAUUUUAAUUUGUGGAAUAUUCCCGUUAAUAAUGAGAUCUAAUUAAGACAUCCAUUAAAAGCCCGUUAAAGUUAAUUUAACGUAAAAAUUCCAAUAGAACUGUAUUAGAUUUUCUCCAUUAAAUUAACGUUAUGGAUUUUUAACGGAUGUCUUAAUUAUACGUUAUUAUUAACGGGAAUACUGUAUUACACAGAUUAAAAUCAGGUCCUGAGUCAACUUGGAAAAGCUAAGAGCAUGUUUUAAUAUUAAAAGUCCUGCAUACCCAGUGCACGGUUUGGAAAUUCAGGGGGAGAGCUGUUUACUCUAGUUGCGCAUUUUUCUAUACAACGGAAAGCAAUCUAUAAAUAGAUAAAUCUAUCAUUGCAUUUAAACAACGAGUUUCCUUAUUCUCAAAGGACCGAUGAAGUCUGGAUUGUGUUAUAAACUCCUACUCAGCUAUAGGCAAAAUAGUUAAACUCUUCUACAUACAACACUAGGAACUUAGAUGAUUCUGAAACAAACAAACAAACAAAAAGAAACAAUUUUGUUGUCGUUGCUUUAAUUACCAAGGUUGUCACACACACAAAAGUCUCAACACCCACAGAACAAAGCCAAAUAUCCUCUUCACCCUUCCUCGCAGAAGCUGGCCUGUUGAAACUGCUUUGGAAAUUUUGACAUGAUCCCUAAAUUCAACAUCGGGAUU